UUUGCCACACAAUAAGAGGUUGCAGCACAAGUACACUUACAGACCAAGUAACUUCCUAGAUUCUUUCCCAUCUAAUAUCUAAGCAGACUCCCUGAAAGUUCUAUGGCAGCAUCCACUACUCAAUUGUAUGUACAUAUUGAUGCUAUAGUUGCACACAGACCAGGUCUCUCGACAUCUUCUUGUUUCUGCAGAGCCAAUUUUAUCAAUCAGAAGCUUCGUGGGACGGUUAAGUUCAGUAGCGUAAAAGCCAAGGCUACAAAUAGUGAUCAAGAUACAAAGAAGAAUAGUGUUAUAUGUGGGGACUGCGACGGUAAUGGCGCCGUUUUGUGCUCUCAGUGCAAAGGUGACGGUGUUAACUCCGUAGACCAUUUCAAUGGACAGUUUAAAGCUGGUGAAUCAUGUUGGCUUUGCGGCGGAAAGAAAGACAUGUUGUGUGGGAACUGUAGUGGAGCUGGUUUUGUUGGGGGAUUCAUGAACACAUUUGAUCCCUAGAACAGAUGACUAAAGUAUAUCGAUGAUCACGAAUGUCGUGAAUAUCGCGAUUGGUGUGAUGGUUAAGUGAUACAGAGCAACAAUAUUAUUGUUGAUGAGAUUCGUAAGGAAAGAAUGCAAGCUAAACAUGAAGUAUCUUUUAUGUAUAACUCUAAUAUGUACAUUGGAUUCAUGGAUUGCUAUGCGCUGAUAAUUGAAGCUCUGUUUAUAUGUUUUCCUUA